GGACGUAUACCAUCCUAUUAUCAUGACUGCCGCUCUGAUGCUACUAUAGGAAAUUCUCGCAUCUUUACUUACCGCACUCGGGCCUAGGAUGCACACUUCGACGGCUGUCGUAAAGUGCUGGGUCCUAUAUGUGUUUCUUCCCUUCUCCCGGCACAGCCGCAUUCCCACCUUAUCUCAUUGACUAUAGAUUGUGCCACGAGCCACGAUUGUAUGACAAUGCUAUAAACUCCGGACCGCUCGCAUCCCAAUGUGAAUGCACAUACGCAACGGGCCAGGCACACUGAUCAAGCAAAUCUGGAGUCGCAUAGAUAUAACAGGAUCAUCUGCUCUUUCUAAAACAGCUACCUCGCGCUCUUUGCGGCGGCGACCUCGCUGACCGUUCGCAAGAGCCCAGUGACGCUGCCGCUCACCCGUCGCUUUAAUGCAACUGGGCCGAAAACCAUUAUGGAGCGCGACCAGGCUAGAGCGAAAUUCCUCCAGCAGAGUGCCAUGCAGAAGAGCACCAAUGCCACAUUUUCCGAUACCAUCCCUACCGCUUCACCCACAAACACGGCGUUCCAGUUCACUGUGUUUACAGAGGUCGGCAGCGAUCCGACCACUUAUGUUCUCAUCGUGGAUACUGGCAGUGCCAACACUUGGCUCGGCGCGGGUCGCCCAUACACAGUGAUGCCUUCCUCCCACGAUACUGGUGUGGAAAUGUUUGUCCAGUACGAGACUGGAUCCUUCAUCGGCGAGGAGUUCCUCGACCAACUGUCCUUCACAGAAUUUGUGACAAUUCCACAGCAAGCUAUUGGCGUUGCCUCGUCUUUUGAAGGCUUUGAGGGAGUGGACGGCAUCUUAGGUCUAGGACCAACUGACCUUACUGCAGGUACCACCUCUAAUGGCGCGUUGGUGCCUACGGUCCUGGACAAUGCGUUUUCCCUAGGUCUCAUCGAUUCAAAGGAGAUUGGCAUAUUCUUCGAGCCGGUGACCAGCCUUUCGGGCUCAGAUGGGCAGCUCGCUCUCGGUGGCACUGAUCCGUCUGCGAUAGACCUUACUAGCGAUAUUCUCUUCGUGCCAAUGACCACCACUUUCCCUGCCAAUCAGUUUGUGGGUAUCGACCAAUCCGUCGCCUACGGAUCCACCACCAUCCUCAGCGAGACCGCUGGCAUUGUCGACACUGGUACCACUCUGCUCCUUCUGGCCUCUGAUGCCUUUGCUACCUACCAACAGCUCACUGGUGCGGUGCUCGACCCGACCACGGGUCUGUUGAGCAUCACUCCUGCGCAGUUCGCUAAUUUACAGAGCCUGUUCUUCAAUAUCGGCGAUACUACAUAUGAGUUCAUCCCGAAUGCGCAAAUCUGGCCUCGUGUCUAUUUAUCUCGCAAUCGGGGACAUUGGUUCACCUCGGGUGAAGGCCUGGACUUCGUUAACGGCUUCGUGUGGCUAGAGAGGUUCUACUUUGUCUGGGACGCCGGUAACAACCAGGUAGGAUUCGCGACGACGCGGGACACCAAUGUUACGUCCAACUGAGACCACGUCGGGUACUCUCUGUUUUGGCUCGCGGUUCCUCUCGGUCGAACAUGGGAAGAACUGUACUCGUAUAAUAUCCGACAGGGAAGUUAAGGAACUCUGUAUCGCAGCCUGGCACCGUGACUUCGAAGUUCGUAAACGCAGUCAGGCGCUUUGAGCCACGGUGGCCAAAUUCAGGGCUUGUGUGAUGUUGCGUCUUCAUUGGCUAGGACUUUGCU